GGGGCGUUUCAUUUCACCACCUGAGCGCACAGGAAGCCAGUUGAGCAGCUGGGAGUGAAGCAGAGGGAGUGGAUGUUUGAGAGUGAAGGGGAAGGUGAGUGGAGAAACACAGCGGCACACAGUCAGUCCCAGAGACCAGAACUCAUUUCAGCGCUCUGAUGCUGGGUCGGGUUCCACUCAGGGAGGAGUUUCCUGUCUCUCCGAGCCAAUCAGGCCGAGCAGAAGCAGGUCAGGUAGCCGAAGAGGACCUGAGAGAGAUCAGGCAGGGCAGAGCAGGCACGCACGGCAGGAGGUCAGCCGACUCACCGGGGGGAUCAUGUCCAAACCAUCGUCCAACGUCCGGGCCCUUCAGGCUAAUCUGAACAUCCCGAUGGGAGCUCUGCGUCCGGGGGCGGGACAUCCUGUCAUCAGGAGAGAGGAGACAGCAGACACAGAGCCAACGUCAGAGGUUCCAUCGCCGGAGCAGCCAGCCGCCCCUCAGACGCCCGAGGAGAAGAAGGCGUUACCGGGAGCCGUGAAGCUUCCCGGGCCGGCCGUGAACCUCUCCGAGCUGCAGAACGUCAAGAGCGAGCUGCGAUGGGUCACCAAGGAAUAACAUGAUGCUCCGGCUAAUCUUCACAGACACAGACCAGUCUACUGCUGCUGAGGACGAACGGGGGGAAAAAAAACUCCAAAAAAAAUACAAACCCCGGUGUGUUCGGAUAACGGAGGAGUAAAUCCUCAUCAAACAUCGACUUCAAUGGACUCAGAUAGGACUCCACUCUACCAAAUCCUUCAGUUUGUUUUUUUUUUUUCUUCUUUGUUUCGUGGGGAUAUUCGAGUAAUCUAAUUUCUCUGACCAACACACUGAAGCUCCAUUUCUGCUCAUGGUUUCUACUAAUCCGACGUCCACGGGAAGCGGUUGGGGAAGGGUUCGAUUGUGUUUGCUGUUUGCUGUUAAAAUUAUAUAUUCAGAAGAAAGGUUUCAAUAAAACGAGAUGAUUUAACAA